AUGUCUGCCCAAACCCCAAACAAGCCUUUUCGCAUGGCCGUUCUCCUCGAGGGCGUUCAGGUGUCAGACAUCAUGGGCAUUGACAUAAUCGGCAAUCUCUCACGCAAAUACGUCGACGCGGCGCAGGGACUCAACCCAGCCAUUGCCCGUUUUGCAGGAUCCGCAAUAGACCUGGAGAUCUUUUACCUCGCCCAAACCCUAGCUCCGACCGAGGUCACGCCCUCGUUCAAGUACCUCCCCAACAUGACAUACGACGAGUGCCCGCGUGAUCUGGACCUCGUACUGAUUGGAGGCAACGGGUUCGAGUCGCAGACUGAUGCCUCCAAAAAGUUUAUAAAAGAGGCUUGGCCCAAGACGCGCGUGUGGAUGACUACCUGCGUCGGCACCCUUUGGCUUGCAUCUGCUGUCGACCUGGCCGGGUUGAAGGUCACCACAAACAGGGUGGCUAUCGAGUUUGGCAAGCAGCUAUACCCUGCGGCGGAUUGGCUGGACAGGAGGUGGGUGGUGGACGAGAAGGUCUACGAAGGCCAAGGCAAGGGGGAGCUGUGGACUGGAGGUGGUGCUGGUGCCGGCCUCGACAUGGUCACCGAAUGGUGCUACCAGAACUUCGACAAGGAUUUUGUCAACGCCUUGUCCACCUACCCCCUCGAGCUCCAGCCUGGUCGCAGCUUUGACCAGAACUACAACUACGACCUCGAGGAUGUUGGAGGUCCUUGGCAGCCUGUGCAGCAAGCCUCAUAG